AUGGUUAAACCGACAAAUAUAAAUUCUGAUUAUCGUGAAGAAGAACGAUUAACAUGUGUACUUGUACUUGAUACAUUUAACAAUUACACAAAAGAAAUCGUUUCUCAUACAUCACUUCCAUUGUGCUUAUGGCCUGUUGAUGGUCGACCGUUACUUGAUUAUACUAUUCAUACAUUAAUCCGAUCAGGUAUACAAGAAAUUAUUUUAUUAGCAACAUCAUAUUCAUAUGAGAUUCGCUCAUAUAUAAUGAAUAGUCACUGGUCACGAACAUAUCCAAAAUUAAUUAAAUUAAUUCCUUGUAAAGAAGCACGUUCACUUGGCGAUUGUUUAAAAGAUCUUGAACAAGAAAAUAUAAUAAAUAAUCAUUUUUUAUUGCUAUAUGGUAAUGGAACAUUAAUAACAAAUCAAAAAUUAAAUAAUUUAUUUAUUAUUCAUAAAGAAAAUAUAAAAAAAGAUAAAAAUUGUAUAAUGACACUUGUUUAUCGUCAAUUAGAUUCAAAUCAUUUCGAACAUCCAUCAUACACAGAUGAUCAACAUUUAUGUAUUAUACGCGAUGCUAAUACAUAUCGUUUAUAUGAUUAUUCAACAGAAUAUAUUGAUACAUAUGAAAUAUCACUUGAUUUAUUAGAAAAACCGAAUGUAACUAUUGAAACUUUAUUUUGCCCAUUGGAUUGUCAUGUAGCAGUUUGUUCACCUGAUGUUUUACAUUUAUUUAAAGAUAAUUUUGAUUUUUCAACAAUUAAUGAAUUCGUUAAAGGUAAAUACAAUAAUACAAAAGAGCAAAUAGAAAUAGUUUAA